CCUAGGUUGAUUGUGAUUAAGUCGUCCAAACCCUGGUUUGAGGGAGAAGGUAAGUUAACUCUCAAUUGCUUGGGCCAAGAGGGGUACAAUUGUAGCCUAUAAUGCAUUACUUAACCUAACAAUUAAGAGUAAGGUUUCUAACCAUUGUUGCUCCUCCUAGAGGUUCACAAUCGCCUUGUCGCACACCGAUUCAUUCGAUCCCAUGGUUCACGGUAGUUAGUUAGGGGAAAACAACUCCUGAGUGAAGCUUGUCACCAAGAGUUUCGAUCCUUUUACUUUUCAAGUCUUGCAUUUUUAAUCAUAGAUUGUAGAGAUUUUCACAAACUUCAUUCCGCUAGAUAAUGUUCAAACCAUCAAAGUAGGGGUACAUGGACCGGCCCGGGUUGAUAUUUAAACAUACUUGCCCUAUAUUGCACCCGUUUAAGGUUUGUACUUAUGCCUUAGGUGGGAUUUAACUGUGAUAUUCGGGACGAGUCAAGUUUUUGGCGUCGUUGCUGGGGAACCAUUCUAGGUUAUUUGAAAAAGGCUUAGAUCGUUACUUUAGCCAUUUUAUGUUUUGUUUUGUGUUUCUUGACCCACUCUUCUCUUAGAAGGGUGGCUUGUGUUUGUUUGAUUUUGUUUUUGUGUUUUUGUCGUUGUAGGUUGAAUCAUGGAUCCCAAUGGCUCCCACAACAUUUGGGGGUAUCCACAACCACCCGAAUGGGGGUACCCCGGUGCUUCAUGGGACAACCAAGAGGAUGGAAGCCAAGGAACCUGGUUCUAUGAUCAACCUCCCUUCCAAGAAGAAUAACCAUACCAAUGGGUGUAUCAAGAAGCUUCCCCAUACCAAGAAGAUUUCCCUCCAUAACCCGAGGAGAAAUCCAAGUUGGAGUUGGCAAUGGAAGCUUUCAUGGGACAAACCUCAAGACUAUGUGCCACUCCACACCCGGAGCCUAAGAGCCAAUUGGAGCUCAUGGUGGAGCGAUUUGCUCGAGGCACCGAUGAAGGGUGCUCGAACUUGGAUCUCCCCCAACCCCAAGUAGAGUCUAAGUUGGAGCUUGCUAUGGAGAAAUUUGAAAGAACAAGCUCCAACACGGAUUUCCAACCCCUCCCUCCUCCCGGUUUGACACUAGAAGAGAAUGUGGCACGAGCUUGUGCAAGCUAUUAUCUCUCAUCAUUGGAGGAGAAAGAGGAGGUUGAAGGAGCAAUCAAUGACAGCCGUGUGGAGCAAGACGAACUCACCCCGGAGAGCUCUCGUGGUGAGGAUGAACAAAAAGAUUGCAUUGACGACUCUAAUCACUUUUCCCUUCCCGAGGGCAAAUUUGAAGACCAAGUCACGAGUGUGGAGGAGCAAGAGAAUCCUAUCUAUAAUCUUGCAUGUCAUCUUUCCCUCCCAACCAUACUUGAAGACAUGAACGGGAAGGAGGAGGAGGAGGUGGAAGAGGAGAAAGUGAGCUUUGAAGAGGAAGAAGAUCUUGAGUGUUCCUAAGGGGAGGAAAUUGAAGAAGAUGGAAGAAAGGUUGAGGUUGAAGAUGCAAGUGGUUUCCCAAGCAAUGGACGAGGUAGAGGUGGAUGAAGCAUCCACAAUGUUAGAAUAUGACUUGAAUUUGAUUUGGGUUUGUUUUGUGUUUUGGGCCCAUUUAGUUUGGGUUUGGGAUUGGGCUUUGUUUGACCUUUUCCUUGUAUGUUUGAGAAAAGGUGUUUGGUUUUCUAUUUGGGAUUAGGAGAAGAGUUCUAUAAAUACUCUUCAUCACCCUAGUCUGUAGUAAAGGUCAAUCAGGUUAGUUUGUUGGGUUUGUCCGUUUGAAAAUUUUGGUUUGUAACCUGUACUCUUCUCAAAUUAGUGAAAUUUGUUCUCCCCUGCCCGGGAUUAGCUAGUACACAUUGUGUUAGUGAACCACGUUAAAUUUGUGUUCGUUCGUGUUGGUUUGGAUUGUCGUUUGCACGCUUCUGUUCUGACAAGUGGUAUCAGAGCCGUGGUUGAGAUAUCGGGAAAUUGUGCGCAAAUUUGGAUCGGGUGUUGGUUUCCGCGGAUUCUUGUCCGAGUGUGAUUAUUAACAAGGGCGGAGGAUCAGCUUCAGAUUUUCUCCAAAAUUUUUCUUUCGACAGAUUCUUGUCUUUUGUCCCAAUUGAAGUGGUUUAAGGAGAAGUCUGUUUGUUGUCCUUGGUGGUGAUUAGGGUUUUCGAUAUCAAGGAUGUCUGUUCUGAAUUUGAAGAUCGAGAAGUCAAUUUGGAGUUGCAGGCUUGGAGUUAGCAGUAAAUUUGAUGUUGGUGUUAUGGACGGAAAUAACACCAAGCUGGUUCUGCAUGGCAAGUCCCAACAUGGGUUGGACUUGCUGCAUAUUUUGAUUUGUUGAUCGCCCUUAGGGGCAUUUGGAGGCAGGGGAGAUUCUGGUACAGCUAAUUUGGAGAGUUUGGUACUUUUUGCGAUUUGCAUCGCGUUUGGUCUGGCGAUAUGAAUCGCAUUUGGAUAUGUCUGACAAUCUUGAUUGCGUUUGAGUUUGGCGGUUUCGAUCUCAUUUGGAUACUUCUGGCUAUAUGUAUCGCGUUUGGGUACAUCUGGCAACUUUGGUUGCGUUUGGGUACAUCUAGCAACUUUGUUUGUGUCUGGUACAUCUGGUAUUUGAGAGAGAAUUCAAGUCAAGGUGGAGAUUGUUAGAAUAUGACUUGAAUUUGAUUUGGGUUUGUUUUGUGUUUUGGGCCCAUUUAGUUUGGGUUUGGGCUUUGUUUGACCUUUUCCUUGUAUGUUUGGGAAAAGGUAUUUGGUUUUCUGUUUGGGAUUAGGAGAAGAGUUCUAUAAAUACUCUUCAUCACCCUAGUCUGUAGUAAAGGUCAAUCAGGUUAGUUUGUUGGGUUUGUCCGUUUGAAAUUUGGUUUGUAACCUGUACUCUUCUCAAAUUAGUGAAAUUUGUUCUCCCCUGCCCGUGGAUUAGCUAGUACAUAUUGUGUUAGUGAACCACGUUAAAUUUGUGUUCGUUUGUGUUGGUUUGGAUUGUCGUUUGCACGCAAGUUACAAAAGCUACCAAUGCUUUCCACCCGACCUCGAUGCGCUUUUGGAGAAGGACCCAUUUGCGACUCUUUGCCAAGCCAAGGCCAAACCAUCAGCGAUCCCUCUUGGUGGAUGCGAUGGUGGUAAAUCAAUGAUGCAUUAUAUGAUAUGGGGCAAGGAGAAGAAGAAAGAAGGAAAGAAGGAGAGGUCUCGUCACUCGUGGGUGGAGCCUCAAGAUCAUUUAAGUUCACGAGCCCUCAAUCAUGGAUUCGUCCAAAGCUCGUGACUUGAGACACCACCUCACCGACGAGAACCUCAACUUCAAUGAGGUUCUUGGGUGGACUGAAACUUGAAGAGCAACAGUCCGGCUCAUAACGUUAAAUUCAUCUCACUAAGUUUGUUGCCUUUGGUCAGCUUCAUAACGUUAAAUUCAUCUCACUAAGUUUGUUGCCUUUGGUCAGCUUCAGGGGGAUGGUUAUGAACAAGCGGCGAAGAACCCAGAUAGCGAAUAGUACGAGACUAGAUCCAAAAUUGGGCUAAAGUAUAAGGGCAUCGUCGAGCUGGAGAGCUUCUGGCUAUGCUCUCUCCUCUUAUCUCCCCUCACCGGAAAUCCAACUUUGUUGCUCUUCUGGUCUCUCGCUCUAGAGCCCAAUAUUGUGAUUUUCCCUCUUUUGCUCUCUUGCUCUGGAGAAAUAGACCUACUCCUUCGCUCUUUAGCUCUCUCGAUCUGGAGAUUUAGCUAGGGAGGAAGAGACAAACUUCGACGACCAGAAUCUUUCCCGCUGCCAUCCGCCAUCACCAGAGGAAUGUUGUUUGCGGGAUAGAGGGGUGACCUAGAACGCCAACAUGCGAGUCUAGCGAUGUUUGUGAUUUUGGAUCCUGGGUUUGAACCGAAUACCCUAUUUUCAUCUCUACCACGGGGUUGCAUCUGAAGUUUUUUCAAAAGAAAGUAGGGUACGAGGUAAUUGGGGUAUGGGGUAAUUGGUGGGAUGGUGGUGAUGGCCACGGUGGAGAGGUGGAGGAAAGGGAGGUAGAGAGGAUUCAGAAGAGGGUGGGGUAUGGGGUAAUUGUGAGAGAAGGUGGGUUGGUGUCUUGGUGGUGAUGGCGGCGGUGGAGGGUUGAUGGAGGAGAGGUAGGUGGAGAGGAGCACGGAGAAGGUGGGUUGGUACCAGCCUACCAGGGCCAGCCCAUGAUAUUCGGAGGCUGUUCGAAAGUUAAAACUGUGGCCCUAAAUUUUUUUCUGCAAAUUUAUUACAAUUAAAAAUUAUUAAAAGAUAUAAUUUCAA